UGUAUGUAGGUAAAUGUCAAAGUAGUCAGGCAGGCCUGUGUAGUCUGUCUAGCAAUUCUGGAUAUUCACACUGUUCAGCUUCGUCAUGGCUGGACACCUGCUGUUUGUCGUCCUCAUGUAUUCAUUUUCUGAGAACAAAGCUCAAGUCCUUCUCCCACCUACACUGACAGUGAAUCCACUGGUGAUCACAGACAGUGACUCAGUCACAUUGAACUGUCAGACUCCAUCGUCUGUUUCUGCGUCUCAUUGUUAUUUCCGCUUUGUGAGAGGAGGACCUGCCAAAAGCUUCUCUUGUCUGAAGACACUGUCGGGGACUGAGCUGCUGUUGCUGACACAUCAGACUUUACCUGCUGAGGUUAAAGUGACAUGUUUUUACCUUGAUGGUUAUCAAUCUCAAGAGAGUAUCAUGUCCUCCAUCAUCAUACAAAAUCCUCAGCCUAAACUGACAGUGAAUCCACUGGUGAUCACAGAGACAGACUCAGUCACAUUGAAGUGUCAGACUCCAUCGUUUGUUUCUGUGUCUCAGUGUCUUUUCUACACUGUGAAGGAACAAAAUACCAGAGUCGCCUCUUGUCUGAAGACACUUACAGGAACUGAGCUGCUGAACAUGGCCCAUCAGAGUUCACCUGCUGUGGUUGAAGUAACAUGUUAUUACACUGCUGAGCACAGAGGAGGACAAUAUCAGUCCCCACAGAGUAACAUAUCCUCCAUCACCAUACAAACCCUUCCUCCACCUACGCUGACAGUGAAUCCACCGAUGAUCAGAGAGACAGACUCAGUCACAUUGAACUGUCAGACUCCAUCAUCUGUUUCUGUGUUUCACUGUUAUUUCAUCACAGUGAAAGGACAAACGCUUAAUGUCCUUUCUUGUCUGACGACACUAACGGGAGCUGAGCUGCUGCAUACAACACAUCAGAGUUCACCUGCUGAGGUUAAACUGACAUGUUAUUACAGGGUAAAGGUGUUCAGUGCUACAUCUCCACACAGUGACAUAUCCUCCAUCACCAUAAACAAUGCUGUGAAAAUAGAGUCAAGCACAAUGCAAAGUAUGCCAUCAUCUACUAAAGCCACAGAUCCUGUGAAAGAGGAGUCACACACGACUCAGACAGUGCUGACAUUUGCUCUGACUACAGAUGAGACAUCAUGGAUUAUUGGAGCAGCUGUGACUGUGGGUGUCCCCUUGCUUGGACUGGCACUUCUCUUUAUUCAAAUCUGGAUUGAAAAAUGUGUUUCCACAAGACCAAAAGCCAACGUCACUGAUGACAGGGAAUAUAUGGCAGAUUUUGAUGAAACCUACAGUAUCGUCACCUAUCAAUGCAACUUUGAGAGACAACAGCUGCAUCAGCCCUGAGAGAUACAGUGUACAGCUCUGCAAAGUCCUGCUGAAAUCAAAGUGUUGUUUGUCUUCCGUCUUUUCAUUUUCUUACAUACAAAUAACUGAUGCUUAUAUUGUUAAGACUUUGUAGAAUUGUCUGAUGGCUUUAUUGAACUGUAAUGAAUUGACAAAAACAGACACAGGACAGAAGAGAAUAUAUUAUGUGUUGCAAUGCUUUAAAUAAUAAAAACAUUAUACAUAACUAUGAAAAAGACUGAAUGCAGGGAAAUUCUAUUUUUUAAAUGAAUUGAAAACACUGAUCCAGGCAAUGUGACAUUUUAUCAACUGGAAUGAAGAACACACAUCUUGUACAGUGUAAUUUGGGGAUAUGAAGUAAAAUUGUUGAAUUGUUGAGACAAACAUGGAAAUAACUGCGUGUUUAGGUGAAGCACAUAAAAAACCAUGAACAUGGAAAGAGUGUGUACCAGUGUGAAUGGUUUAUAGAAAUAACUGAAGCAGUGAUAAAAUGAGUUUUACACAC